CCGAGCGGGGCAGGACUACGGUGGUGGUUACGCUCUGCCCUUUCCCUACUCGCAUUGCUAGUCUGACUGAAAACCCGGCUCGCGCAGUCUCGCGUCUUCGUCUUCACCGCCGAUCCUAUUCGGGGCGGUGGGAGAAAGUGUGGGCUCGGUUACGGUGAAAACUCUCCUUUGGGCGAACCCAGCUGCCUCCCUUCGCCCCGGCCCCGCCCCGGCCCCUGGAGGCCGGGGCGGACGUGCCCAGAGAAGGGGCCGGAGCGAUCCCUGGAUCCAAGGGAGUUUGCUUCCGCCCCUCCACUGCCUCUCCGGGCCGAGACCCUUGCGCGCCGCAACGCCUGACAGCCUGCGGUCUCUGCGCCGCCUCUGUGAGCUCCCGAGGUGUCUUUCAUAGUCGCUUAUUGGGCCUGGGAACACCGACCGCCUACAUGAACCACACCAUCCUGCCGUCAUUUAGCAGUCUCUCUUAAAUACUGGGCCGAGAUAAAAUUAUGCUGUUUGGAAAAAUUUCUGGACAGUUGUGUGGCUUAAAGAAACUCCCAUGGUCAUGUGACUCCAGACACUUCUGGGGCUGGUUGAACGCAGUGUUCAAUAAAGUGGAUCAUGAACGCAUCAGGGCUGUUGGCCCUGACAGGGCAGCGUCUGAGUGGCUGCUGCGCUGCGGGGCCAUCGUGCGCUACCACGGUCAGGAGAGGUGGCAGAAGGACUACAACCACCUCCCAACAGGCCCUCUGGACAAAUAUAAGAUUCAGGCAAUUGAUGCCACUGACUCUUGUAUCAUGAGUAUUGGAUUUGAUCACAUGGAGGGCCUACAGCAUGUUGAAAAAAUAAGGCUAUGCAAGUGUCAUUAUAUAGAGGAUGGCUGUUUGGAGAGACUUAGUAAACUUGAAAACUUACAAAAAAGCAUGUUGGAAAUGGAAAUAAUUUCAUGUGGGAAUAUCACAGACAAAGGCAUCAUUGCUCUGCAUCACUUAAGAAAUCUCAAGUAUUUGUUGUUAAGUGAUCUUCCUGGAAUAAGAGAAAAAGAAAACCUUGUCCAAACCUUUAAAAUAGCACUGCCUUCUCUGGAACUAAAGUUAGACUUGAAGUAAAAUAAUAAUAUUCAA